UUUUUAGCACGAUUGCGGACUUCAAUAGAAGCGAUUUAAACAUACUGUUAAAUACUGUACUUUGAAACUGUUUUUUAAAACAACUUCGACUGUACACUGAUAUUGAAAAAAAAUUUUCAGCUUUAGCAGUAGUUGUGGAAACAUUGUAAAAUGGCAGAGCCUACAAAAGAAGAGAAAGACGCAAAAGAAAUUAAACGAUCUUUUGAACUCCUCGAUGUCAAUAAUGAUGGGCGAAUAUCAGUGUCUGAAGUUAUCAGGGGGACCCAGGUUCAUGGACUGAAUCCAACGAGCAAAGAGGCCGAUGAAAUGAUAUCUGAACUAGACAUCAGUGGAAAUGGCUAUGUUGAAUUCGAAGAAUACGAAAAGUUUAUGAAAAAGGAACUUAAAAAACUGGAUUAUGAGGAAACCCUGUUUUUGAACGCUUUUAAAAAAUUUGACAAAGACGGCAAUGGAUUUGUGUCAUUUGAAGAAUUGAAGAAAGCUCUCUGUGGUUCGGGUGACAGGAUGUCAGACGAUGACGUCAGGUAUUUCUUUGAGGAAGCAGAUCUCAACAACGACGGGAAAAUAGACUACAAAGAAUUCGUAAAAUGGUUUUCAACCAUGUAAAUAUCAGACAGUGGCGCUUCAAGAUCCAUCAAAGCGAAUGUGGGCCUAUGGAAUUUACGUGUGCGCGGUAUUCUUUGUAAAACAUCUUGAAUAUAUAUUCAAUGUAAUAUAUGAAUUGUAUGUGUAAUGUAUUGUUCUCGGUCUCUCUCAAUUGUUGUUGAAUAUUUUCUUGUACAUCUUCCAUUAUCAGUACAGCUACAUGACCAUUAAAUUGUUUCUAUUUACCAAAAAUGUUUUGUCAAUAUUUAAACCCUUCAAGAGGCCUGUUAUCUGAUUAGAGACUAUCUUGUGACUUAAAGAUAAGGUGCUUUGUUUAGCAUUACAUGCAUGAUUCCAGUUAUUGAUAACAUUUGUAUUACAUGCUGAUAUAGCUACAAGUAU